CUGUCCCCCCUCAGGCCGCCAUGACCAAGCUGGGGCAGUGGCUCUUUGGGCUGGCCCUGCUGGGCUCAGCCUGGGCUGCUCUGGCCCUGGCCCCGCCGGGGCUGCCGGCGCCGCUCCGCCAGGCCCUGCUGCCCCUGCCCGUCUACCUGCUGGUGGCCUUCGGCUGCUACUCGCUGGCCACCGUGGGCUACCGCCUGGCCACCUUCAACGACUGCGAGGAGGCGGCGGCCGAGCUGCAGGAGCACAUCAGGGCGGCCCGGGCAGACCUGCGGCGACAGGGGCUGCGCCUGUGACAGCAACAAAACCUGGGGACAGCGGCUGUGACAGCAACAAAACCCAGGGACAGCGGCUGUGACAGCAACAAAACCCAGGGACGGCGGUUGUGACAGCAACAAAACCCAGGGACGGCGGCUGUGACAGCAAUAAAACCCAGGGACGGCGGCUC